AUGUUAAGUCUAUGGAAAAAGCUCCAUAAGAUUAGCAUUACCCAUGUUAAAAAAUAUAAGAAGUCGAUCGGAGCGCUGAUCCAUCUCUUAGACCAAAGCACUUACGAUGACUACAAUAAGUACGCCGAGAGUGAGCAGAAGGCCAUCCCUCAACAAUUCCCGGGUAUUCUGGUCUGGGGUACGGAUAUAGACUUCGACAGAACCGGCGCAGAUCUGCAGCGCUUUGAUGUGAUAACACAUGUGGACAACAAACGGGUGGUCGACCUGCACACCAUGUAUACAGCGUUGGACAGAUUGGACCAAGUGCAAGUCACUUGGGUGAGCGCCAGUGAUGGCCGAAACAACCAGGGUUAG